AUGGCGUUCUGGGUCUGGCAUAUUCCUACCAAUCUGAAGCCUGGGACCACCCUGGUUGGUCUUGGACUUGGUCUCCAGGUCAAUCAACGUCGAUACAAACGUCUGAUUGGCCUCAUGUCCCCUUUCACGAUCCUCUCAAAGGACAUGAAACUUCAGUAG